AUGAUUUUGUUCCCGUUGUACUGGAUUGUGUUUCCUUUUCAUUUGACAGGAGCUAUUUUGGACAUCUACCUGAUCACUGAUCUCCACCCAUCCUCCCCACUUGUGGUUCCCCUCUCUUGUGUGUCUGCUGACCGCCAGUAUGAUAAAUCUGAACUUAAAAUGCAAAAGGACAAUACCAUAUUUCAGGUCAAAACGCACAAUUUCAAUUAUGUAAAAGAUCUAACCAGAUACAAUGGGAUCAAAGCACAAGGUGUCACCAGGUCCUGGGAGCAGGUGGGAAUCUAUUACUGUGAAGGAACUCGCCAUUCGGAGAAAACUCACAUUUUAACAAUGGUUAACAGUGAUUCAGCUGAAUUCUACCCCAAUAAACUGACAAUGACCGUUAACAAGGGUGAAACUGCUCUCCUUGUGGUGCAGAAACAAAAUGCAGUGAAUGAAGAUAUUAUGUGGAAGUGUAAUGGUACUUAUUUCAGUACAACCCAUGUGAAUGAAAUCGAGAAUGGCACUGCUUCCAUGGAGAUUAAGAAUACAGCACCUUCCCAUACCUGUGUUUACAGCACAUCAACCCUCAGUGGGAAUCUUCUGAAAGGAGCAUUCUUCAGACUUAUAGUCCGAGGUUGUCCACAUAAGAAAUGGAGCUCAGCAUGUGACAGAGACUGCCCUGAUUGUCUGAAUGGAGGAAUCUGUCAUGAAGGGACAGGAGAAUGUAUCUGUGGACCAGGAUUUACUGGACAAAACUGUGAAAUUAUUUGUGGGGUUGGAAAAUUUGGUCGCAAAUGCCAGGAGGAGUGUAAACGUUCAGGGAGCUGCAGUGGUUACAGAUUCUGUUUACCAGAUCCUUACGGCUGCUCGUGUGCCACUGGGUGGCAUGGGAAGAAAUGCAAGGAUGCCUGUAAUGCUGACACCUAUGGACCAGACUGUAGGUUGAAAUGUCAAUGCCAGAACGGAGGAACGUGUGAUCGAUUCUGCGGAUGCAAAUGCUCAACGGGCUGGCAUGGCCAGCACUGUGAAAAAUCAGAUAACAUGCCUAAAAUUGUGGACACGUUUACAGAAGUUGAACUAAACCUCAAUUCAAGUCCUCUGAUGCUUUGUUCUGCCUCCGGGAAACCACUGCCAGUUGAUCGAGACAUUCAGAUCCACAAACCCAAUGGAAAAAUCCUAGAAGCAACAAAAUCCAUCAUGCAAGGUAAUAUAACUACCUCGGAAUUUAAGUUACCAAAGAUCCUUCCCCAGGACAGCGGCGUGUGGAAAUGUGUAGUGACAACAGCCGCUGGAAAUGACUCCAGGAGGUUCAAAGUCAUUGUAAAAGCCCCUCCGAUCCCAAUAAACCCACCAAUUCUUCUGGAGAAGAAGAGUAAGCAGCUAAUAGUGAGCCCAAACAGCGAGAAAUUCAGUGGAGAUGGACCAGUGAGAUCUGUCAAACUCCUUUACAAACCAAAGGACAGUAGUGCACAAUGGUCUUCAAUAGUAGUUGACCAUAAUGGACCGAUCACACUGAUGAAUUUGAAGCCUUCGACAAGCUAUCUAGUUCGAGUGCAGCUCACACGUCAAGGAGUGUAUGGAGAAGGACCCCAAGGACCUAAUGCUACCCUAGAAACAGACUGUCCAGAGCCCACCACGGUGCCAAAAAUCGACCGGGUCUUAGCCGAGGGCAGGAACACCAUCUCCGUCAGCUGGAACAUUUCUAAAGAUCACGAGGCGGGAAGUGGGUUCCUUGUGCGAGUCACUGGUCCUGGGCAUGUGGUUCAGAAAGAGCUUCGGGUGCAGCCUCUGUCCGUGCGAUCCACGCAAAUAACCAACCUGGCAGCUGGAAAUGAAUAUAAAGUGGAUGUCAUGGUGUACCAUUGUGGCAGCCUCGGGCCACCAUCCAACUCAGUCACCGUGAGAGUGGAAGGAGGCACUCCACCUCCCAGUUACGUCCAGGCUGCGACUCUGUCCCAGACCACAAUGCGAUUAACCUGGACACCACCUCUCAAUACACGUGGAAUAAAUAAAUACACCAUUGAGUACCAGCAGAUGGAGCCACCCAGUAAGCCCAAAUGGAUCGAUACCGUUGAUGGAAAUGAAACCACCAAGAAUCUCAAAAAGCUGAAGCCAAGUACACGAUAUCAGUUCCGUGUUCGAGCACAAUCCAAUGUUCCGGGCAAAUGGAGUGAUCUCGUCACCGCCUGGACGUUCAGUGACUCAAUUCCACCUGCCCCCUAUAACGUUAAGGUGUGGAACAUUACGGACACGUCUGCAGCAAUCUCCUGGUUAGUACAGGAAGAGCACGCCAUCUCCUCUGUUAUUAUAAAGUAUAAAAUCUAUGGGGCUGCAACGCACACUGAUGUCAGAGAGAUUAAUUUGGCUGAAAAGCCUACUUCAAGGUGUGUCCUGGGGGGGCUGCAAGCUGAGACGCCAUACCUUGUGGAGGUUUUAGCCAAGAACAAUAAGGGAGAAAGCAGGCCCAAUCCCAUGAAGGAGCUUCGGACAUCAGCUACCCCACCAGCUCCUCCUAGCGCUCCGCAAAAUUCUGCGAGUUUACAGCAGCAACCUCAAGGUGACCAGCAGUUGCUGAUGGCUAUUAUGGGUUCUGUGUCAGUGACUUGCUUGACCAUUCUGCUUGCACUGCUGGGUCUCUUCUGCGUACGUAAAAACCUCUUCCAGCGACGUCGGACGUUCACUUACCAGUCAGGAUCUGGUGAAGAAACAGUCCUUCAGUUUAAUUCUGGAACUCUGACACUCACGCGCAGGCCAAAGCCACAGCCCGAACCCCUCACCUAUCCAAUCCUGGAGUGGGAUGACAUCAAAUUUGAGGAUGUUAUUGGAGAAGGAAAUUUUGGACAAGUCAUUAAAGCCUUGAUUAAAAAGGAUGGAACGAAGAUGAAUGCUGCGAUUAAAAUGCUAAAAGAAUUUGCUUCUGAGAAUGAUCACAGGGACUUCGCAGGAGAACUGGAAGUUUUGUGUAAGCUUGGGCAUCAUACUAACAUCAUCAACCUGCUGGGAGCCUGUGAGAACAGAGGCUAUCUCUAUAUCGCCAUUGAAUACGCUCCAUUUGGGAACCUACUAGAUUUUUUACGGAAAAGCAGAGUUCUGGAGACGGACCCAGCUUUUGCAAAAGAGCAUGGGACUGCAUCAACUCUAACCUCACAGCAGCUUCUGCAGUUUGCCUCUGAUGUAGCAAAAGGAAUGCAGUAUCUGAGUGAGACACAGUUCAUUCACAGGGAUCUUGCAGCCAGGAACGUGUUAGUCGGAGAAAAUCUUGUGGCAAAAAUUGCAGACUUUGGACUAUCUCGAGGAGAGGAGGUGUACGUAAAAAAGACCAUGGGCCGGCUGCCUGUGCGAUGGAUGGCGAUUGAGUCUUUGAACUACAGUGUCUACACCACGAAAAGUGAUGUGUGGUCGUUUGGAGUACUGCUGUGGGAGAUUGUCAGCUUGGGUGGAACUCCAUAUUGUGGAAUGACGUGUGCAGAACUCUAUGAGAAAUUACCUCAAGCCUACCGGAUGGAGAAACCCCUUAACUGUGAUGAUGAAGUUUAUGAACUGAUGAGACAGUGCUGGAGAGAUCGACCCUACGAGCGACCCCCCUUCGCUCAGAUUUCAAUGCAAUUGAACCGGAUGCUCGAAGCAAGAAAGGCUUACGUGAACACAGCUUUGUUUGAAAAUUUUACAUAUGCUGGAAUAGAUGCCACAGCAGAAGACGUGUGACCACAAACUGUUCCUGGACUCAGUCAGAUGGGCAGAGUUUCGUUGGCCCUUUAUUGAUGCUAGUCACAAACAGCAAUUCACAAACCAAAUCAUGGUCACAGUGCCGUUCAAAGAGAUGGCAAACUUUGACAUGGCCACUUGCGGCAUAAGGUGGCAAAGCAGAAAAAUGUCUGAAACAAGAUGAUUUUUGCAGCUCUAUGAGUUUAGGAUCUGGGUAUAAUUCUAAAGACUGAGUGGUUAAUAGUGGUUAACACAGUAAUGGAAUGGAGUUCCAUAUUAUCCCAAGUCAUUGGACACAAAUCAACAACCCAGAUUCACCAGGAAUAGCAGCCAUUACGACGACUCCAUGAAUGAUGUGAUCUUCAGUUUCUCAAGUGAAAUAAAGGAAAGAUGAUUAGAUUUUCUUCAACCUGGAUAAUGGAACAGAAGGAUAUUGUUAAAAGACUAUCUUUUAGACUGAAGUAUAUACCACCUGAACACACCCUUCAAUGUAGAAAGUAGAGAUCUGCUCAUCACUGAAACCCACAUGGAUGGAGGGUUGUAGCAGGCAUAUAUUUAUUCAGUUUCUAUCGCUUUAUUCAUUCUGAGAAACUGAAAACUAUUUUUUAUAGGAUAGGCAUGCAUGCUGUGGUGUGUGAUAGUUUAUUCAGCUCAGAAUUCACGAUACUUCAAUCUAAGUCUGUACCAUAACCUGGUCGAGAUAUUCUGUGUUGUAUUUUUGUAGUAAUUAUCUCAAGAGUUUUAUUAAAUUAGAUUACGUUGUUGUUGAGAAGGUUCACAUGUAUACUGCACAUGUUGACAUUGUGCACAUGUACAUAUGGACAUGUACGUGUAUGUACAUAUUUGACGUAGAUACAAAUACUAUAAAAGUAUAGAAAUGUGUGUCACUCGAAACAAACACUUAGCCAUAUCCAUACACUAUGUAUUUCCCAUUGGAUAAUCGUAAAGGUGUGCAUAUUGUGUCAGUCUGUGUCUAUGAACAUUAUAUAAGUGACAUCAGUUGUGGGUUGUAACAGUAAACUAUUCCAGAAAUAAGUGAAAGUUCUUUGAUUGCUGAGUCAUGUGAGAGCACCUUAUCUGAUUGUCAAUUUCCUUCAGUGUGCACCUGUUUUAUUGUGAACACAAUCUGCUUACCUAGUGUACAAUAAAUACCUUUAUGCAA